AUGGAGACAAAUGGCUCGAUCUCGCCGGAUCAAAUGUUACGAAGCACCCCUUCUGGAGCACCAGGAGUGCAGUCGUCUGGAGAUUUUCAGCGCCAGCUAGACGCCCUCAACGUAGCAGAACGCUUGCGAGGUCUCGCCGUACCCACUGUCGACUUUGCAGCGCCUGCGACGAUGCCAGCAACAGCGACGACAGGAGCUCCAUUACCCACGACCGCUGGCUCCAACAGCGCUCAGACACCAACGACGAGCACGGGAGGAGGAGCAGCAACAGGCAGCAAUCUCGCCAAUUCCUCGGCCACAAUGUUGUCCACCACGAACACGACGAAUGCGACUACUGGAGGAGGUACGCCCGCCCAGCCGCAACAGGUCGCCGCAAGUCAUUCGCUCGGUGCAUUUUUGGGCACGAUGAAUCCGCAGAUUGCGCCCAUCUUUCAUCCGGACGAAGCCCGGGGCGGGCGAGCCAUUCUGAUGAAGUUGCUUGCAGAACUGCAUAUUCGCAAGGGACAAGCGCUCCCUCCAUCUCUUACGGGUGUCCCUUCUCCUACAUACAAUCCAGCGACAAGUCCGUUCAAGUUUGACGUCGUGGGCUUGGGCAUAGUCAAAGUCGCUGGUCAGGACAUUGACUUGCUCAAACUGUGGCAAAACGUUUUCAAUUCUGGAAUGAGCCAAAAACUUAACCGAGAUAACCUCUGGGGACAUCUCGCUUCACAAAUGGGUCUCCCCAUGUAUGCGCCAGACACGGGCAUGCCAAUCGCAAAUCUAAUCAAAGACCUAUAUUCCUUCUUCUCAGAGCUAGAAAUGCAUCUCAUGCGGAUGAUGCAGAGUGCCCAUGCUCAGGCGCAGGCUCGGAGACAUGCCGGAGGGUCCGCGCAGAUGCACUCGGCUCAGCCUUCCGGAGAUUUAGCUGGUGCAGGUGUCGCUUCGCAAUCGAACGCCGUAUCGACGCCUGUUUCGACCGCGACCGCAAUGGGCACACCAGCACCGUCCGCGACCCCAGGUGCCACGACGCCUGCACAUGGAUCAAGCGAGGACUCGGAUACGCGCAAGAGAAAGGCAGAGGAUGACGACGAUGAAUCAAAGCGCAAGCUCCGAAAGCUCGACGAGGAGGGCGGUUCUGGUGCCACAGAUGGAGAAGGUGCAUCAUCGCCUGUCAAAGAGGAGCCCGUACCCGAAGGACCGCUGCUCCGUCGAAAGAUUGAAUACGUGCCCGUCACUCGAACUCUCAAGACAUAUGGAGGCCGAGAUAUUGAUGCCAUCAAUGCCGAGUAUGCAAAACUCUCAGAAAGAAGGCCGCUCAAAGUCAUGGCAGACUUUGGUGUGGUCGACGUGGAGGCGUUGAUAUUGCAACUUCGAUCCAGGCUCAAAAUCGAAGUCACUACCGCGCUCGGCAUCCUCUAUCAUCUUUCAUCACUGCGUGGAGGAGAAAGCAAAAAUACUGGAUUGCAGCUGUCCAUGUGCGAAGACUUGACGGACGAGCUGCUCGACUUGCUCGAGGAGACGGCCUUUGGGGCCAACCCAGAUUCGGAUGAUCCAGAGGAUGCGCGACUAGAUGCGUCAACGAGGAUCGUCACGAACAAGGAGAUUGUCCGCAAUAUUCAAUAUGAAGGCUCCAACCUCUUUGCGGGUCUAGCGGCUGACCUUGAAUUGAGUGCACAUCUCUCUCCAACUCACCAGCCUUGGGAGAUUGUCAUGUUGAUCGUGACAAUCUUGUCGACUGUAUCUUCGGCAGACGAGAACCCGGCAUAUCUUGCUCAGCAGCCACGACUAUUGGACAUUCUUACCCGUAUCUGCAUGAUACACCCGAGUAAAAACCGCGGAGAUCCAGUGAAACCAGUAUCGUCCGUUCUACAACCACGCCAUCUUAUUCGCAUUCGCAAAGAGGUCGUAUCACUCAUCAGCACAAUUGGCCGCCACCUUGUUCUCAACCAAAGUCCCUCACGGGCCACUCGACGCCUUUAUAUCCUUCUCGCAUCUACUUUGAUGGACCCAGAGGAAUGCGAGACUCCCGGCAGCACGGAGCGAUCGAAGCCGAGCACAUCGAUGGAUCUAGCGCUCGAAUGCUUUACGCUGAUGGCCCACCUAGACCCAAACCGAAAAGUCAUCACAGCCGAGAUUCCCUGGGAACAGCUCUGGAAACUGAUGCAGCUACUGGUGCGAAUCAUUCCAUUGACGGAUACGGAUAUUCAGCGGGCGACAACGGAACAGUGGUUAUCGUUUAUCCUCAAAGUAGCACAGGCGCUUUACUCGCUCGCAAUCUGUGCACCUCUGCCCAUGCGACGGAAAAUGAAGUUAUCGCCUUCGCUUCGAGGGGCAUUGACACGGCAUUUACGAAUCGGGACAACCAACAACACUGCUGUGAACGGGAUCUAUCGUGCAUUGCAGCCAGAUGUUCGUGGAAUCGUGGACGAGUACUGGCGGCGGCUCGGGGAGACGCUCAAAGUGAUUGAUGCGGAGGAAGACCCACUUGCUCCGACGUCUACAGGUGCUGGAGGUGUGAUCGGGUAUGGGAUUGGAGGGUCUUAUGACUUGCACUUGGGUGCAAAGCCGCCUGCGCGUGGAACGGGCAUGUUUGCAGGCUCAAGGGGGGAUAUGCUGUGGAGUAUCAUGGUUGCAAGUGCGAUACAAAACGAUGCGCAGGCGUUUGAAGAGUGGGAUUACAUGCUCCGAGUCGAUACAUCGACGGCCUCCCGGGUAGCCUAA